AUGCUUAAGUUUUCGGAGCUCACGGAUGACACGAUAGAGAUCGUACUUGCAGAUGACAUGGCCUUCCUCCUUCCAUUUUCGUAUGGUUACAACGGUGCUGUGCUUCGUAUAUAUCAGAGCAAAAAAAGCCAUCCCAAAGUGUCCCUACCUCCAGUAGUUGUAGAAGAAACAACGCUUCCCUUAUUGUUUAAAGGCUCUGUCGUCUUCGCCAAGGCAACGGUUUUAGUUGAGAACUGGCUCACGGCCGCUAUCGACGUUCAUAUGAAGCGAGACAACAUUUUUGACGGAUUCAUGUUAGUGAGUACAGAGUAG